AUGUAUCACAGUGACUUCUCUGAUCAUAUGAGGACUGAUGAACACUUGGGAGGGACCAAGAAGGUAUCGAAAUACAUGCUGAGAAAGAAAUGGAAUAAUGGACAUGACAGAUCUAUUAUGGAAAUGUAUACAAAAGAUAGGAAUGUGAAAAAAAGUGAAACGUGUUACAACACAAAAAUGAAGAAUUGUAUACAUCAUAAGGAUAACACUCUUACUGCAAAUACAAGCAGUGAAGGGAAUUAUUUUCACAACUCCUAUGUGAACGUUUUGUAUUUCAAAACAUUAAAAUUAAAUAAAGUAUUGUUUGAAAAAAUGAAAAAUAAAAAGAUUAUUAUAUAUUUAAAAUACAAAGAAACCACAUGCACAAGUAAAGAUAUCCAAGUCACCAAUUCAGAAAUAAAUGAUUUAUACUUAUGCUUUCUCAUUACUGAACCGUUCAUAAAAAAUGAAAAAAAGAUCAUCAAAAUAUAUAUCAAAUAUUUUAAAGACAAUAAAUAUAAAAUAUUAUCAUUUGGGUUUAUAGAAUUAAAUUACGAUAAUUUUACGGAAAAGUUUUAUAAAAAAAAAAGUUAUAUGUUAUGCUACGACAAAAAUAAUAACAAGUAUGUCUUUGGUUACUUCAUAUUGCUCUUGGCAAAUCAAAUAAAAUGGACUAUAUGUGAUAAUAAAAUUUCACAUGAAAAUGUAAGCAAGUCUUACUUUGUUUGGGAUAGAAAUGAUUAUGAUCAUCAAAUUUUUUAUAUUUGUAAACAAAUUCAAAAUUUUUUAUUGCAAUCCUUUCAUACCCACCAUGUUAAUCAAGGCCAAGUUUUUCAAAAUUGGGCCUUGCUUAAACAUUUCGGAGUUACUCAGAGUUGUCCUGGGACGUUCAAUUGGAGAAACUCGCAAACGACAAUCCAUACGAGGGAUAGAGCUAGUGAUAGAGGAAAUGGCAGUGAUAGAGGAAGUGGCAGUGAUAGAGGAAGUGGCAGUGAUAGAGGAAAUGGCAGUGAUAGAGGAAAUAGCAGUGAUAGAGGAAGUGGCAGUGAUAGAGGAAGUGGUAGUGAUAGAGGAAAUGGCAGUGAUAGAGGAAAUAGCAGUGAUAGAGGAAGUAAUGGCAGUGAUACAGGAAGUGGACUUGAUAGAGGAAGCAGUAGUAAUGCACCAUGUGACAAAGAAAGGAAAAACUGCAGAUGUAAUGAACACCAUAUGACCAAAGAAAUUUAUGAGAAUGAGCUAAUUAAUGAAAAUUCCCCCAGAGGAUACGAGUCGUUAAAAUGUUUGGAAGAGGCCCCCACAAGGGAGGCCUCCCUUGGAGACAGUGGUACACAAAGUGAGCAAGAGGUCCUGGAUGAUCAACACAGUGAUGAAGCACUGCACAAGAAAGAAACUCUAGACGGAAAUGUACCACUACUCUUACACAGCAACAGAAAUAAGAACAGCUGCAUCGAUAUUAUGGAAAAGACUUAUCCCCAAAAAUACCCAGAUCAAAAGAGUGGAAAUAACGAUCAGCUGAUAGAGACAACUGAUUUAUAUUUCUCAGACAAUAUGAACAGUGAAAAUUGUGUCCGUUUGUUGUCUCAUUGUGAUGUCUCAUCUUCUUCUCAUUGUGAUCCCCCAUUAGCAUCUCAACACGAUUACGAUUCCACCAAUUGCGUGGAAAAUAUAAUCAAAAACCAGUUCUUUCCAAUGGGCAAUUUGGACGAAACAAUAGAAGAAGAGGACCCCACAAAUUACAUGCACAAGAAUCCAGUGGGUGGGAAAAAAAUGAGGGAGCAAGACAACAAUGAAGAGACACAAGACCGUACACAUAACCUCAGCCAAGAGUGUGAAAUAAAUAUAUUUAACGCUAAUACUGGGGAAAGGCAGGACGAGAAAGUUUCAGAGGGUACUUAUAAUGACAUUCAGCAGGAAGAAACGGAUGAGCCCAUUUUAAAAAAUCCUUUUGAUUUAUUUUUAUGCAAAAAGUUGGAAAAUAUUUUAAAUAACGAUGUAGAUCAUUUUAUAGAAGAGGUCCAAUUUAUUCUCACACAUUUAAAAAAAAAAAUCAUAAAAAAAAAAGAAUUUUUUUUAGGGGAAUUAAAAAAUAGCUAUGCUGAUGAUGCAGCAGUGAAAAGAAAUCAUAUCACAAACGAAGGGGUGGAUGUAAAAAACGAAAAUAUAUCUUGUGAACAUUUCACAAAUGAUGGAAAAGAAAAUGAACAUAAUUGUGAGAUAAAUAGCGACAUAUUUAAUAUUUUACAAAAUUGCGUAAACACCACUUCUCUUUAUAUAGAAUGCGUUUUAAAAGAUAAAAAUGUAAAGAAACAGGAGAAAGAAAUCUUUAUCGUGUAUGAUGAUAUCAUAAAUAAUAUAAAAAAGGCAUUGUCUCAAUUUUUACAACAGGAUACGACAUUACAUAGACAAAAUAUAAACAUAUCUCGAAUUAAAUCAUUAAAAUCUUCGAGGCAAAAUUCUGUAAAUUCAAUUAAAAAAAAAAAAGAAAGAAUUCUUACAAAGAAGAAGAAUGAAAAUGAAUCAACUAAGAUUAUCACUCAAGAUGAUUUUUCCCCUGGUAAAAUAUGUACCCUUUAUGAGAACACACAUUCGCCAUCGAAAUUCAGCAAUAAUGAACUCUCCUGUUCACAAAUGUCUAAAGAAAGUAAUUCCUCAUUGGACAAAUCCUAUAAACACAUCCAAUCAAAUAGUUACAUCAACAGACAUAUAUCAACAGCCUUAAGGUACUACGAGGAUAAGUGGAAGAGGAAAUUGUCCGGGGCAAGAAGGUAUAUAUAA